AUGUCGGCAGACCAAGCAUCAUGACGACGGGAAGGGUCUUAAACUGCUUGUUGUGGAGCUGUGAGCUAAACCAGGAGAAGAGGUCCUGCACUGUCAGAACACAGAAGGAGGGGAGGCAGGACUCCAAGCUAGUGCUGAGUACGAUUUGCAUGGGGGACAAAGCCAAAGAGGAACUGCACCUGGUGGAGGCACUGCCCCAAUCCGACCAGGAGGAUAGCAAGAAGGCCCGCUUUGUUCCCAUUGCCUCGCUGCAUCCCUCGGUGCUUCCCAUGGUCAUCAUGAUGGAGAUGGAGCUUGCUCCUCCCGUCACCUUUCAGCUCCGAGUUGGCUCUGGACCGGUCUUCAUCAGUGGCCAGGAAAGCUUUGACAACUCAGACCUUUCCUGGGAAGAGGAGGCAGAAGAGGAGGACCUGGAUGAAGAAGAAGAAGAAGAAGAGGAGGAAGAUGAUGAUGCAGAUAUUUCCCUAGAGGAGACCCCCGUCAAACAAUCCAAGAGGUUGGCUCCCUCAAAGCAGAGCAGUGCUGCUAAGAAGAAGAAGAUAGAGAAAGAAGAGGAGCCUGUAAGGUAGCACUUUUCAUCUGUUCAUUUCACCAAAAUCUUUGAAUUUGGGUCAUGUGCAGUGUGAGGAGUGCAUGGUGGACACACACAAGUGUCACCUGCCCAGCCCCUGAGGUUGGCAUAGCCUCUGAAAAAUGCUGACCUGUUUUCAUCUUCUAACCUCAUUCCACUUAAGCCAGUUAGUUCCUUCCAAAUAAUCCAUCCAAACUAUGGAGAACAUUCUGUGCAAUAAUGAACAGGGAAUU